GGCAGAUCAACGAUCACGUCGCGAACGGAACCCUUUGAGUUUUGACCCUAGUAAUUCACGGUUUGAUGUAAGCACGCAGGCGGCGAGAUGCAUGCGGGCAGGAUGUGAUGGCUCGGUUAUAUGCAUGUCUACAUGACAAGCGACUCAAAGCCUGCAGGUUUUCUAGGUUGAUGAUUCUAUGCAUCUGCCUGGUUUGUUUAGAGGGGUCCUAUUCGAACGUUCGGCUGGUGCUUGCUAUUACUUUGACAAGAUGCGUAGCGAUCUGUCACUCUGUUACACUAGUGUGGCACUUCUUGAAGGUGUGCUCACCCUGGGUCAUACGUAUCUUGCACAAUAGGUAUUGCGGCCAACCAUAUUCGAGCCUAAUAAUGUACUACAUUGUCUGAUCGGGGAGCCUCUAAUAUGCUUCACGGGCUCGUGGGUCAGAUCACACACAAUGAGCAUUGUGGAAGAUCAUGUUACAUGCUGUCCGGUCGCAUCAGAGGACUGAUAUUGUACCCGCUACCUUGUGGAACCUGUGGCUAUCGACG